AUGCAAGAGUCUCAGGAGCUGCCUCAAGAGGUGAUAUCAUUCACACCAGGAGCUGCGGAGGCACCUGUGGUCACGCCAGGAACUGAGGAGGUGCUUUUGGUCAUGCUGGGACCUGCAGGCCUACCUGUAGUUAUGCCAGGAACUGAGGAGGUGCUAUUUGUUACGCCGGGACCUGCGGAGAGGCCUGCGGUGACGGCGGGGCCUGCGGAGGGGCCUGCGGUGACGUCGGGGCCUGCAGAGGGGCCUGCGGUGACGUCGGGGCCUGCGGUGACGGAGAGGCCUGCGGUGACAGAGAGGCCUGCGGUGACGUCGGGGCCUGCGGAGAGGCCUGCGGUGACGUCGGGGCCUGCGGAGAGGCCUGCGGUGACGGAGAGGCCUGCGGUGACGGCGGGGCCUGCGGAGGGGCCUGCGGUGACGGCGGGGCCUGCGGAGAGGCCUGCGGUGACGGAGAGGCCUGCGGUGACGGCGGGGCCUGCGGAGGGGCCUGCGGUGGCGGAGAGGCCUGCGGUGACGGCGGGGCCUGCGGUGACGGCGGGGCCUGCGGUGACGGCGGGGCCUGCGGAGAGGCCUGCGGAGGGGCCAUUUGUAGUCAUGCCCGGAGCAGAAGAGGCACCUCUGGUCACACCAGGAAUUGAGAAAAUGCCUGUGUCCCAGUGGCAGCAUGUUCAGGUACAGCAGCUUCCUUUCAUGGAUCAGCAACCUGGGUUUUCCCAGGAACCUAUACCACAGUCCUAUGUACCACUAUGGCAUGAGGUCCCACAGCAACAGUACCAGGGGCUGCAAGAUCAGGUGGUGGAACCGCAGCCCUGGGAUCCGGAAUGUCAUAGACAGUUGCAGCCCAGCAUGCCCCUGUGGACUCAGGCUGAACAGCCCCAGAGGCCCACAUCUGAACAGAAGGUCCUGAGGUUGCAAAGCAACCCUACUGCUGAACAUAUGAAAAGACCUGAAGCUGAAGUACAGCCUGUCCUGGCAGAGUGCCAAGAGAGCUCCGUCCUGGUGGCUGUGCAGAGGGACCUGCUGGGCUUCGGCCGGCUGAUCCAGCCCGCUGAGGUGCACUUGGGAGGCUGUGCUCCAAAGGGGCAGGAUGCUUCUGCUCAGCUGCUGCUGUUCGAGUCGGAGCUCCAUGGCUGUGGCAGCACCCUAACGAUGACCGAAGAGUUCCUUGUGUACACCUUCACCCUGAAGUACGAACCACGAGAACUGCUCUCUGCUCCUAUUGUGAGGACGGACAGUAUGACGGUCAGCAUCGAGUGCACCUACUCGAGGAAACACAAGGUGAGCAGCAGCACCCUAAAGCCAACCUGGAUCCCCUUCUACACGUCGCUGUCUGCAGAGGAGCUCUUUGUCUUUUCCCUGAGGUUCAUGAAUGAUGACUGGCUGUCAGAGAAGGCUUCCAAAGUCUACGUGCUGGGAGAUGUCAUGAACAUCGAAGUCUCGGUCUCAUCAGCCAACCACGUACCUCUCCGCAUCUUCAUGGAUAGCUGCGUGGCAACCUCAGCUCCAGACGUGAACGCCGCUCCCAGAUAUACCUUCAUCCAGAACCACGGCUGUCUGACUGACGCCAAGAUGACGGCCUCGCGCUCUCGCUUCAUGCCCAGAACCCAAGACGAUAAGCUGCACAUGCAGCUGGAUGCUUUCAGGUUCUCCCAGGCCCCUCACAGCUCAGUUUACCUUACUUGCUUCUUGAAGGCAUCUGCAGCUUCUGUUCCCAGCGACUCCCAGUACAAGGCCUGCUUCUUCUCUGCCCCAGCUAACAGGUGGAUGGCUGUUGAUGGGGACAACAGUGCGUGCUCCUGCUGUGACUUUGACUGCAGCCCCAGGAAGGCCAGACGUCUGGCUGACUCAGCAAUGUACUGGGAGGGCCAAUCGACCCAUGGCCCAGUCUCUGUCCUUGAGAAGCCUGUGCAGAAUGAUCUCCUCCCACAGCAGAGGAUGUUUAAGUGGUGAGCCGCAUGGUAAACGGAGACCAUGAGGAAAUGAAAUGAAAUGGUUAUGGUGGACAACCUGUUCUCCAAGGAGUCACAUCUGAAUAUGUGGUUCUGGCUGGACUGGGGGGCGGAGUCACAGUACUGCUCUGUAUAAGUGCUGGAAACUUUUCUUCAAAUGAGUGGAUUUAAACUUCAAAAUAAAAAAAUUAAAUAA